AGGAGGAAGUUGACGUUGGAUAUAUUUCCUCUUCUCCAGUUCUUCAAGUAAAAAUCUGCGCAACACAAGGCUGUGAAAGUUUCCAGGAGUUGACAGGAUGUCUGUGACCGUGGCAAAAGCAGACGGGGUCACCGUCUUCACGUUGACCUCUGACCCCAACAGUGCUUGUCCUCCACUGUGUCAGAUCCUCAAGGGUCUCUGCUACAGCCCUGUGUGCUGCUCUGUGUCUCAGCCCCUUCGGAGGCUCCAGGGAACGUCUCAGUCAGUCCUGGGGGCUUUGCAGAUCAUGAUUGGGGCGCUUCACAUUGGGCUUGGAGCCAUCCUCUGCUCCAGUGGUGGAGCCUCGUCCUUUUUAAUGGACAUUACCGGGUAUCCGUUCUGGCUCGGAGCACUGUUCAUUUUCUUUGGAAUCAUGUGCAUUUUAUCCGAGAAGUUCCCCAGUCCAUGUCUGGUCAUCGCCAAUGUGAUUCUGAACCUGGCAGGAGUUGCUUUUGCCAUUACAUCCAUUGUCCUGUACAGCACCAGCACUGGUAACACAUGGUUUGCUUUUUGGAGUAUGUGUCGACGUGACUAUGAUUACUACUGGGACGAAAAUCGCAGAAGGACGACCACUGUAUCACCUCAAGAGCAGAUCAUCAUUGAGAAAUGUCUGCAAGGCAAAGAAAUGCUUCUGAUGAUGGUGAGAAGCAUCAACAUUGUCCUGAUCAUCCUGUCAGUCCUGGAGCUCUGCAUCGUCAUCAGUGUGGUUGUCCUGGGCAUCAAAGCUCUGAAGAAGAGAGGAAGUGGAGAAACCAAGGAAACUGAAAACCCAGAGUUCUACAAACCACUGCUGGAGGACGUCCCCAGUAACCCUGCAGUCUAAAUCAAGUCUGCUUUAUUAUGGGCUGUAACACUGUGCAUUUAUACUUUAUAAAUUCAGUCAGUACGGCCUCUGUCUCUGUCUUUUCCUGCAGACUUCUUUGCACUUGAAGAUUUAUGAGGGUAGAAAUGUGCACCUUAUCAAAUUUGUUUUCUAUUUCUGUCUGUUUCCAGUGAUAACUUCAUGUCAAGCCAUGUGCCUUUUUUUAUUCACCAUGUUUGUGCAGGAAUUACAUGUAUUCUAUGGAAGAACAAGAGUUCUGUUCACAUGUUCCUUAAAAUACUUACACUAAGAAAUAUAUGCAUGAUAAUAUUGGCGGUUUCUUUUACUGUCGUUGCUCUUAUAUGACUGGGCCAGACUUAACUAGGGUGAAAUAGAUGUUUAAUAUGUUUAAAGUAGGUCUGCUUUUUAAGAUAGAAAAUCAUUUGCUAUGUAGAGGUUUCUCAAAUUAUUCCUCUGUUUCCAACAGUUUUUGACGAAAUAAAACUUAAAUCUGAAGAAAAACACA